AUGAGCCCUGCUCUAAGAAUACGCUGCCAACUCAUCAUAACGACGCCUCUUAUAUGCCUCAUCUAUUCUCCACUUGGCAGUCGUUGCUUCGCUAGUCGUACCAGUCACGAUGCGUACACACAUACUCCAGUGGCUCUACAUGAUCCAUCCACGUUGUCAGCACACUAUCACGCGCAAAUCGUCGGCGGGACAAUCAAACGCCCACCCCAGCAACAGAUCAAACGCCCGCGCUGCCUCCGAGUCGCCCUUCCGCAGGGCCUGCUCACCUCAUCCUCUCUCGUGACCCUGGGCUCCGAGGACCACUCCCUCGGCCCUACGCCCUAA